GGCAGCCAUCUCCUACUUGGUGAGUCUCAAUCGUUGGCCAUCCGCGUCUCUGCGGUCUUCUUCUGGCCCCAUCGCCCCCUGGUGAGGAGGCCGGUCCUGAGCGGUCAUCUCGGUGCCCUUUGUUUUUGUCUCCUGCCUGGAGGACGUACAGGAAUAGAGCGAAGCAGCCCGGCUUGUGAUGGAGGCAUCAUGGCUGCCCUCAGACCCCUCGUGAAACCUAAGAUCGUCAAAAAGAGGACCAAGAAGUUUAUCCGGCACCAGUCAGACCGAUAUGUCAAAAUUAAGCGUAACUGGCGGAAACCCAGAGGUAUUGACAACAGGGUGCGCAGAAGAUUCAAGGGCCAGAUUUUGAUGCCCAACAUUGGCUAUGGGAGCAACAAGAAAACAAAGCACAUGCUGCCCAGUGGCUUCCGGAAGUUCUUGGUGCACAACGUCAAGGAGCUUGAAGUACUGCUGAUGUGUAACAAAUCUUACUGUGCUGAGAUUGCUCACAAUGUCUCCUCCAAGAACCGCAAAACCAUUGUGGAAAGAGCAGCCCAGCUGGCCAUCAGAGUCACCAAUCCUAAUGCCAGGCUGCGCAGCGAAGAAAAUGAAUAGACAGCUUGUGUGCACAUUGUAUUUGUGUUAAUAAAACUGUAAAACUGC